ACGAGAAAAAAUAGAAAAAUAGCUCCUUCGUCGGUAUCUCAUCAGGUAUUAUUAUUAGGGAUUUACAUCCUUCGAAGGGAGGAUGCAGAAGGACCCAGCGUACAUUGUCAGGUAACCACGAUCAUCAUCAUAUGUAACAACAUGACCAGCAUCUCGCUCAAAGCUAAAUCUUGCUUCUAUCUUCGCCGUAUCCUGGCAUUCAUCAUUGUGCUAGCCGUUGUCCUUCUCGUCCAUCAAACUCGAGCUUUUCGACUGCCCCGAUCGACCAAAGCAUCCACAGUGCGUGUACGGAUAGACGGACAAUGGAAACAUGUCCGUCGGUCUCUCAUGUUGCCUUCACUCCAGGAUGAGAUCGGUUUCGAGCAUGAGCACGCGUCGCUGCCACCACAGUCCUUAACCUCGUCUAGUUUCUUCAGAUUCAAACGUCGAGCUCUUGAAGGCACCGCAGAGAUCCCACGCGAAAAGAGGGUGGAGCUACUCCCCGAACUAUACUUUGCUGAAGAUGCAAUGCAAGAGAAAAGGUUGUCGUAUGAGGAACUACGCGAGACCUUUCCGGCCACCCAUGCAAGAAGACGAGGAACAAGUCCUAGAGAACGCUGGGCGACCUAAUGAUUUCCAGUACGCCAAUUCAAACCAAGGUCUUACUCACAACUAGACAAGAACGCAAGAACGCGAAGACAAUGCAGUAUCGACAUAGACAU